CAUCCGGUGUUCCAUGCCACGAUGCUCACUAAAUACAGAGAAACAAAGGCGCAUGGGGAAAACUUUGCAAGGCCAUUACCAGAAGUACUAAACAAUAAAGAACAUUACAAAGUGGAGACAAUCGUGGAUUUGAAGAAACAAGGAUGGGGAAUCAAGUACUUGGUCAAAUAG